UUGGGGGAAAAAGGGAGAGAGAGACAGAGGAAGAGAGAAACAGAUAUCUACACUCAAUGAGAAGGACAAUUGGUCCCAAGGAAGAUCCUCUUGAAAAGUAUUUUUUAAACUGCAACCGGAUUUUCAGUCGAGGUGCUCCUCCCGUUGUUUAAAUGAUGACGAUGCCCCAGCAUCGCCUCUCUUCCAUCCUUGCCUCUUCGCUCUGGGUGGCAUCCGUUGCUAUGAUGGUGCAGCCCGCGGAAUCUUCAGCAGGUAACUACAGGAGACCUGUCCCGGGGGGGAAGUCCCAAGGGUUCACGGAAAGGACGCUUAUUCUCCUUGACGUGAACACUAGGAGUCCCAUUAAGACUCUGAAUGCAAACUUCCUUUCCUUGCAAUUGGACCCUUCUAUCAUUCAUGACGGCUGGCUCGACUUCUUAAGUUCCAAGCGAUUGGUGACGCUGGCAAGGGGUCUUGCCCCAGCCUAUCUGAGGUUUGGGGGGAAAAGGACAGACUUUCUUUACUUCCACAACCUAAAGAAUCUGGCCAAGCAUAGAGGAGGCCCGGGUCCAGACUACUACCUGAAGAACUAUGAAGAUGAUAUUGUGCGAAGUGACAUUGCCCUGGACAAGCAGAAGGGCUGCAAGCUGGCCAGUCAUCCAGACAUCAUGUUGGAGCUGCAGAGAGAGAAGGCUGCACAGAUGCAGCUGGUCCUGCUCAAAGAGCAAUUCUCCAACAUCUACAGCAACAUCACAAUAACAGCCAGGUCUCUAGACAAACUCUACAACUUUGCCGACUGUGCCGGGCUGCACCUCAUUUUCGGGCUCAAUGCCCUGCACCGAAACCCUGAUAACUCCUGGAAUGGAUCCAGCUCCCUGAGCCUCCUCAAGUACAGCGCUAGCAAGAAGUACAACAUCUCCUGGGAGCUGGGCAACGAGCCCAACAGCUACCGGGCGAUGGUGGGGCGCACUGUAAACGGCAGCCAGCUGGCUCGGGAUUACCUCCAGCUGCGGAAACUUCUGCAGUCAGUGCGCUUCUACAACAACCGCGCCAGCCUCUACGGACCCAACAUUGGCAAGCCCCGGAAGCCCGCCAUACUGCUGUUGGACAGGUUCAUGAAGACUGCAGGCUCUGCUGUAGAUGCAGUUACAUGGCAACAUUAUGACAUUGACGGGCGGGUUGCCAAGGUUGCUGAUUUCAUGAAGACUCGUCUGCUGGACACUCUUACAGAGCAGAUCUCCAAAGUGCUGAAGGCUGUGAAGACUCAUGCCCCGGGUAAGAAGGUGUGGCUUGGUGGAGUCGGGCCAGCCUGGACCGGGGGCACCAACAACCUAUCAGACACUUACGCAGCCGGCUUCCUGUGGCUAAAUACACUGGGAUUGUCUGCAAUGCAAGGAAUUGACGUUGUCAUACGGCACUCUUUUUUCGAUUAUGGGUACAAUCACUUGGUGGACCAGAAUUUCAACCCUUUACCUGAUUACUGGCUGUCGCUGCUCUUCAAGCACUUGGUGGGUCCCCGGGUCCUUGCCGUGCACGUCGCUGGUCUGCAGAGGAAACCCCGUCCUGGCAGAGUCAUCCGGGACAAACUGCGCAUCUACGCACAUUGUACCAGCUUCCAAAAUCACAAUUAUGUGCGAGGAUCCAUAACUCUCUAUAUUAUCAACCUACACCGAUCAAGAAAGAAAAUUAAACUGGUCGGAACUCUCCGAGGCAAAGCAGUGCAUCAGUACCUGCUACAGCCCUAUGGCAUAGAAGGAUUGCAGGCAAAGUCUGUCCAGCUAAACGGAGAGCCUCUCAAGAUGUUGGACGAUGAAACUUUCCCACAGUUAAAGCCCAAGAUACUGCGCUCUGGACGCACAAUCGUCAUGCCGCCAAUGACAAUCGGUUUCUACGUGGUCAAGAACGUCAACGCAUACGCCUGCCGCUAUAGAUAGCUGCAACCCUGCCACCCCCCAUUCCGAGACUUGAAUUCACACACCAUUCUCCGUAAUCCUUCCUGCUUACCCAGGGGAAUAUUCCUUUAAUCAGUCAAGCAAGGUGUCAUCUAUGGGUCACUUUCACUUAUGCUGCGUUCAAUCACAGGCCUUUCAGUGAAACCAGCCUCUGUAAAGAGCUUUACAGUGAGCUAGCAUACCAAAUUCACAGCAGUUUCAUUACAAAUGAUGACUUUUGAUGUCCCCAUUUCCUAUUUGUCCGUGACAACAGGUCACUGGGUGAAAACACUUCAGGGUGAUAAAAUGCAGUGUAAAAACAGGUUAUGUGCGGGUAAUAAACCAACAGAUAUCACUGUAAGGCUACUGAAAGGACGGGUGCCUGGGGCAGAAUCAGUAAUCCUUAACGACAGCAGCCAAGACCUUGUAGAUCUGCUCAAAGAAUAUUGCUCUCGGCAAGGUGGAUGUCUUAUCAUAUUUUCACUGACCACACACACUGACAUGCACACACGCAUGCACACAUACACACACAAUUUUCAUUGAGGGUGCAUGUGAUUUGUAUGUGCACAAAUUCCUUACAAAAUCUCUUUAUGGAGGGAAGCAGAGUCGCAAGUUUCCUGCUGAGUGUGGUUCGAAACCAAUAACAAAAAAAAAACAGCUUUGUUUCAAGUUUUGCAGUAUGAAGAGAAGCAUGACCGCAUUCUGUCUGGGUUUGACCUCUGUGCUUCUCUGUCGCACACACUCUCUCACACGCACAGCUUCUCUGGGACAUUAGCAGGACGUUCAGUUCUGGAAUUCUAGACAACAAUGUGUUCUCCAUUCACAGGACCUGUGUGGAUUUGGCAGGAGUGGCUGAUAGGAUUAGCUCAACCACAGGAAAGGCAAUCCUCUGCACAGCCAAGUUAUGCUGCUUUCCCUUCUCUUAAUAUGCAAUGCUAUAAAUCUCAAACUUUCCUUGCAACAUAGCCAUGUCACUGUAUACAUCUGGCACUAUUUAAAUAGUUGCAAAAUCUGUAUAAACAAAAAGAUGAUAUGUUUUGUGAUACAAUCUUAAUAGAAGACGUAUGCACUGUGCUGUAUAACAGUUAGAACCCAAGUGGUUUAGUUGAACUCCCCAUUGUUUGCAGAUUGUAGGAACACACUGCGGCACAUUUUCCCUCUAAUGCAGCUCUGCGUGAAGUUUUCUGCAUACCUGGGCUCAAUCUUAAAAGAGAAAUGGGAGAAGAUUGGAAAACAAUGCUGAGAAGAGAUACUGUAAGGGCAUGGGAGGCCAUCAUCUGUAUGCUGUAGGGUAAAGACGCUCAUACUUCAGCAGUUAAAAAAAGAACUUACAAAUAUAUACUAUGCUGUAAUAGGCAAGAGGUGAUUUCAUGUGUAAAUGUUUUAGAGGGUAUUUGAGAGUCAGUGUGGUCUAAUGGUUCUAGCUGAGGGAAUGGGAGGCAGUAUCUAAUAGUGAGAUGGGCAGCCAGCCAGUGUUUUUGAAUGGUUGGGUGUGAGGGACAGUGAUCAGUUUAGCUCAGCAGUUAAAAAGACAGCGGCUCAAGCUAGUGGGCUCACUUUUUUUUGAAUCCUAGUGGGAUUACUUAUUUUGCUCCAUUAAUGUUGUAAAUGAUCUUUCUUAAAUUAUAUUUUCAGAACCAAAAACAUAAAAAAAACUAUAUACUGUAUAUAUUCUAUAGAUAUAUGCGUUAACCCUUUCAGUCCGAGCAGGUCCUGCCUCAUUUCAGUGCCGUAUGUUAGCAUAUUCCAUCCAAAAAUCACGUUGGGAUUGCUAGGUCCUGUUCUAAUGUACACUCAAUAAGGGAGUUUCUUCUUUAGCUCAACAAAAGUAAUUCAGGAGUGAAAGGGUUCAAUUUAAAACAGCACAACAGAACCCAUCUUGAAAAGGAAUGCAUUUGUAAGUGCGCGGUUCGCCCAUCUUACAACUCACAAUCAACAAUGGAACCAUGGCAGGUGCAGUGGUUCUCAAAGAAGGUCAUCUCUAGCAGGGAGAAUGGUGAUGUACUGUAGAUUGCUUUACAUGUUGUUUUCCAGUCAGUAAGAGACACUAAUCUGCUGGCAUGCUGUUGGUUUACUAUGUCUGUAAAAGCUAUUUGUUCCCAAUAUAAGUCCUUUUUUUCAGAAUGUGUUUGAAUUGUUUAUGUGGAGUUGUUCAUAUUUUCUUUUUGAAGAAAAUUAUUUUAUUUCGGAAAAUUCUAAGACUGACCACUAUUUUUGUGUUUUGUGUUUUUAUGCAGCA